AUGUCAGAAAAUUUAAUAACUACCUCUUUUUUUUUUGGAACUACCAAAUUGUAUCUGCCAAAAUCUACAUGUUUUUCACCAUCUCAUGAUUUAGUUGAGUUUGACAGAGUGGCUCCCAAAGUCCGUUACAUGAAGGUCAAUGAUCCACACCCUGCCGAAUACAUGAUGCCAAUGAUUGGCUCCUACAGCAUAUAUUUUAUUUCAUAUGCAAACUGA